AGAAAGAAAAGAAAACUCAGCUUUUAAAGUCUGAGAGAAGAAAAGGGUUUCAAGAUCAAGCUAGGAGGAAAAUAACUUGCGAUGGGGAGGGAACUCACAGAUGUGCGCAUGGACGAUAAGCCAAACGGUGCAGUGAAAUCAAAUGGUAGUCGAAGAGUAUGGCAAGGGAUCAAGUCAAAUAACUAUGAGGUCAAAAGAUGCGCCGUGGAAAAGUCGGUCCUUGAGAAUGGUCAUGAGAAGCAAGAUGUUCUAGCUGUUAAAAGCACAAAUUUCGGUACCAGCACCCCUGAAGGGAAAAAUGAAAAGGCUGAAGAUCAGAAAUUCACUGAUAUCAAGAAGUUAAGCACUGCUGCAUCAAAAAUGGGUGCAAAUGUCACAGAAAAUGUUAACUCUACUAUCUCCCCUACUGCUGGAAAGGAUUUGGAGCCAGAUAAUCCUACUACUCCUAUGAUGUCAAGGAAGCCAAUGCAACCUUAUGAGAGGAAGCAUCCUGAUGAAGAAGAUAAUCGGUCUGUCGCUUCCUCUAUUUCUGCACAUGCUCGAACUGCAAGAUUGAGGGUAACUAUUGGAACUUCUCCAACUUUUAGAAGUGCCCAACGUGCCGAGAAGCGUCGGGAGGUCUUUUUACAGAAGUUAGAGGAAAAACACCAAGCUUUAGAGGUUGAGAGAAGCCAGUGGGAGGCGAGGACCAAGGAAGAGCAGGAAGCAGCUCUUAAGCAGCUUAGAAAGAGUAUGGUUGUCAAAGCAAAUCCAAUACCUAGUUUCUACUACGAAGGGCCGCCGUCGAAGGUUGAACUGAAGAAGCUGCCACUGACUCGGCCAAAGUCACCAAAUCUUACCCGGAGAAAGAGCUGCGGCGAUGCAGUCAACUCAACUCAAGAUGAAAAGGCAAAAACUUGCUGCCAAGCCCACCGCCACAGCUUCGGCAACCAUAUGGAACGAUGCACUACCACAAACGAGGUCAAAAGCAGUGGUCAGAACAGCAACAGCAAUGGAACUCGCAAGGUGAAAGAUCGAGUGAAACAAGUAAAAGAGAUGAAAAAAGAUGCUCCAACAAAAAUCGCAGAGCAGAGUAACACGAACAUCGUAGUUCAGUCAUGAAAAUCUCUGGGCUCUUGAAGCAUGAAAAAAGAUGUUUUCAGUAUUGCCAUAUGGAUGGUCC